GCUCCAAUAAUAAACGGGGCCGGCAGAGAGCGGAGCUCCCAGUCCAGGCGAAAAAGGGAGGAGGAAGAAGAGGAGGAGGAGGAGGAAGAGGAGCCGGAGGAGGAGUUUGGGAGGCCUUGGGUUUGGGAUAUUCAGCCCCUGGAGCAAGUGGCUCUCUCUCCUCUUGGAUCUCUAGCCUAGGGAGCACCGGGACCAAGGCAGCAGUAGCAGCAGCAGCAGCAGCAGCUCAUCCCUCCGCCUUUGAACCUGAUCAAUCCAACACUUCUGCCAAAAUGCUCCUGUUAUUGUUGGUAAUCAUUGUGCUCCAUGUUGCAGUGCUUGUCCUUCUCUUUGUUUCUACAAUUGUCAGCCAAUGGCUCAUUGGGACUGGGCACAUGACAGACCUUUGGCAGAAUUGCACUACACUGGGGUCCCCAAGUUCAUUUCAUUGCUUCCCAUCAUCCACAAAUGAAUGGCUGCAGUCUGUCCAAGCUAUGAUGGUUCUUGCCAUUAUCUUCAGUGUUUUGUCUCUGUUCCUGUUUUUCUGCCAGCUGUUCACUCUCACCAAGGGUGGGCGGUUCUACCUUACUGGCAUUUUCCAGAUCCUUGCUGGCCUUUGUGUGAUGAGUGGCGCUGCCAUCUACACAGUGAGACAUCCAGAAUGGCAUACCCACCUAGAGAACACCUCCUAUGGCUUCACUUACUUCCUGUCCUGGGUGGCCUUCCCACUAGCUGUCAUUAGUGGGGUGAUCUAUGUCAUCUUGAGGAAGCGUGAAUGAAGUGUCAAGUUGAAGCCACUGAAACCAGCGGCAAUUGGGACAAGGGGGCACUGACAAGAUAGGAAGUGGAAGGAAAAACAAGAAGGAUGUUAACCAAAAGAGAAAACAAAACAAAACACCACACCAAACUCAACAAAUCCAUCCAUUCAACCACCCAUACACCUACCCACCCCCACAUAUACACAUGCCCAAAACCCAGUGAGGAAGGAAGGAAAGAAAGAAAGAAACCAAACUGAAAGAAGGGUUACUGUGUUUAUUGAAGAUGUAUAUAGUAUCUAUGGUUUUAAAAAACCUAUUUAUAACACUUUUUACAUAUAUGUACAUAGUACUGUUUGCUUUUGUUUGUUGACCUGCUGCCAUGUUUAAAGCCUAAAGAAAGUGCCUAAGAACUCUUUUAAUGCCUAACAGUAUAAUUAGGGUGCUGGGUUCCACCCCCACCCCCCACCCCAGAUACAUUUCUUUUGCCAUGGAAGCUGAUCCUGCCUGUAGAGCUUUCCAUUAUGAACUCCUAAGCCAAAUACAGAUGUCCAUAAUCAUGGGUGGCACCCUUGGAAUAGAAACGGUGUGCCACUCGUUGCACUGAUUUUAGCCAGUACCUUGGUAUACUACCAUUAAUUAGCUCAGUCCAAUGAUGGAGACAAAAUUUUGAAAAGGAGAAGGAUGUCUACCAAAAUGUAAGGAAAAGGUAUAAAGCUUCCAGUUCUCUUGGGAUGAUGACCAAGACAGGGUGGUGUAUGUGAAGUGCAGUCCCAUCGGUGCCUCUUGAAGCUGGAUAAUGGUCCCACCCAUUCCCUGUGUAAAUCCCCUUUGUGUUCCUUAGAGGAGGGGCCAGAUAGGAAUGCUACCAGUCUCUCUGGAAAGGCAAUACCUGGAAGCUGUUGAGCUCAUUUUCAUAGGCUGAAUGAAUCAUGUCAGUGUUUGCAUAUUUUUAAAAAAUGGACUUGGCAAGCACUGAUGCUAAGGGAGAAACACCUAUGUGGGAUGGGGGUAAGCUUGUUUAAUUGCUUUUAUGUAAAUGGCCAAGUAUUCAUCUUCCAGUCCUGCCAGUUGGGGAAUGGUAGCCAAUGACCUCUAUAAAAGUAGUCCUCCCUACUUUCCUUGAAAAUAAGCUAAAGUGGAAAAAAUGAAUGAUGCCUUCUAAGCAUUUGACUUACACUUUCCUGCCCGCCUCCCCCACUUCUAGUCCCUCUCCCAUGUCCCUCCACGAAAUUGAAUACCAAAUCUGUGAAAUGGUGCUAUCUGUUUACCUACCAUUCCUUGUAUUGCUAAGCCAUUUAACCUUUACUCACUGGAAAGUCAGAUAAUGAUGUUGAAAUAAACCAAGGAAUAGGAAUGAUGAAUAAUACUGUGUAAUAUAUACAGCCUAUAACUGCUUUUGUACUUAGGAAAGUUGCUAUCAAUAUUAUUAUUACUAUUAUUUUUUUAAUAAAGCAUUUAUAACCAAGGUAUUUCUCUCUACCCCAUCCCAACCACCCCUUCUCAUGAACAGGAGGGAAGUAAGUAAGCCUUCUAGACCCCUAUAGGAUUCUACCCUACCCCUCUACUCUUCUGUAACCCUUUUCUGUGCUUCCAGAAGUGUGUCUGGCAAUGAAACGUACUGGCAGCCGCAUAUUAGAUGUGUAAGCGGGGCCUUCUGAUGCUAAGACUCCAGACAUCAUUAUAUGAUUAUUUUGCUUUGCUUUUUCUGAUUUUAUACCAACUGUGUGGACUAAGAAGCAACAAAAUAAAAUUCAGAAUAACUCCAA